AUGCCGAGGGAGAGGAGGGAGAGGGAUGUUGUCAAGGAACGGGGUCCCGUGCAAGAGGACAGUGGCAGCAACGAGGUCUCGGUGCGCUCCAGGAAAAGAAAGGCCAAUGUGGCCGUGGAUCCAGAUGAAGAAAUUGCCAAAAUUGACCGGGCUACGACAAGCCAAUGUAGUAAUACACUGCCACGGGACAAUAAUAAUAAAGCAGUCUGUGUAAACCCCUGCUCCUUGAUUCCCACACCUGACAAAGAAGAAGAUGAGCUGAUCAACUCAACCUCUGUGUCUGAUCCUCAGAGCUUUGCCCCAUCUAGAGCCUCACCACUGCCUAUACUGAAUUGGGCAAAUAGAGAGGAGGUUUGGAAAAUAAUGUUAAACAAGGAAAAGACCUACUUAAGAGAUAAGCACUUUAUGCAGCGACAUCCUCUUCUGCAGCCUAAAAUGCGAGCAAUUCUCCUGGAUUGGUUGAUGGAGGUGUGUGAAGUCUAUAAACUUCACAGAGAGACAUUUUACUUGGCACAGGAUUUCUUUGAUCGGUACAUGGCAACACAACAAAAUAUUGUAAAAACCCUUUUGCAACUUAUUGGAAUUUCAUCUUUAUUUAUUGCUGCCAAACUUGAGGAAAUCUAUCCUCCCAAGUUGCACCAGUUUGCUUAUGUUACGGAUGGGGCUUGUUCAGGAGAUCAAAUUCUUAACAUGGAAUUGAUCAUCAUGCAAUCCCUAAAUUGGCAGUUAAGUCCCCUGACCGUUGUGUCCUGGCUGAAUGUAUACAUGCAGGUGGCAUAUCUAAAUGAUGUUUAUGAAGUGCUCUUGCCACAGUAUCCUCAGCAGAUCUUCAUACAGAUUGCAGAGCUUUUAGAUCUCUGUGUUCUGGAUGUUGGCUGCUUAGAAUUUUCCUAUGGUAUUCUUGCUGCUUCUGCCUUGUAUCAUUUCUCUUCCUCUGAAUUGAUGCAAAAAGUUUCAGGGUAUCAGUGGUGUGAUAUAGAGAAGUGUGUCAAGUGGAUGGUUCCAUUUGCCAUGGUUAUAAGGGAGACAGGAAGUUCAAAACUUAAGCUCUUCAGGGGUGUUCCUAUUGAAGAUGCACAUAACAUCCAGACCCACAUAAAUAGUUUGGAUUUGCUGGACAAAGCCCAAGCCAAGAAAGCCAUAUUGUCUGAACAAAGUAGAAUUUCUCCUCUCCCUUCUGGGGUCCUCACUCCACCACAGAGCAGUGAGAAGCAGAGCAAUGAGCAGGAAACAGCAUGACCGCACCAGCAUUCUCCA